AAAACGCACGCCCGGCUUGCACACGCGAAACAGAAACAGCCUCGCGCGCCCUGCUGCUCCCAUGUCCGACGAUCCGCACGCCAUGUUCGCGCCGCCCAUCAACCGCGCCAUGAAGGUGCUGGACCGCUCCUUCUUCCACAAGACGGUCAACACAUCGGCCGCCCGCAUCUUCAGCCCAAAGGACAUCUCGCGCGUCCGCGCCGACCUGGACCGCAGCCGCGACACCCUCAGGACGCGGCUCGAUGGGAUACGGCCAGACAUCGACGCUGCACGCGCGGCAAAGGGCGGGAAGUGCCUGGUCCUGAAGCCCGAAGUGGUGCACAACGAUAGAAACACCUGGAGCCCCGCGCUGCAACAGCUCGAAGAGGCUGGCACCGUGGGCGUGAUCCCGUACCAGCUGAACCUCGACUACGACUUCUUCACCUACUCCGAGAUCACCAAUGCCAUAAUCCCUCCGCCCGAGAAGAAGAAUGACGACGAGAUUCCGACCGGCUUCACCCUCGCCGGGCACGUCGCGCAUCUCAAUCUGCGAGAGCGAUACCUGCCAUACAAGAAUCUCAUCGCCGCGGUGCUCGCGGACAAGAACCCCAUCGUGACCACAGUCAUCAACAAGCUCGACAACGUCGGCACCGAGAGCGCAUACCGCACCUUCCAGUACGAGGUUCUGGUGGGCGACGACGACCUGAAUGUCGAGGUGCACGAGCAGGGCUGCCAGUUCAACUUUGACUUCGCAAAGGUCUACUGGAACACGCGGCUCCACACCGAGCACGAGCGGCUCUGCGCGCUCUUCCGGGAAGGCGAGGCAAUCUGCGAUGCCAUGGCCGGCGUCGGUCCCUUCGCAGUCCCCGCGGCCAAGAAGAAGUGCUUCGUAUGGGCCAACGACCUCAACCCGGAUUCCUACAAGUACCUCGCCGAGAAUAUCAAGACCAACAAGGUCGACGCGUACGUGCGCGCCUUCAACACCGAUGGCGCCGCCUUCAUCAGGUCCAGUGCCGCCGCGCUGCUCAACGACGACCGCUCGAUACCCAUCUUCCCCAAGAAAAAGUUCUCAAGAAGCGCGCCAAAGCCGACAGAACCACCCAAACCGCUCCGCACCCUCGUGCAGCCACGCAUCUUUAGCCACUAUGUCAUGAACUUGCCCGCUUCCGCCAUCACCUUCCUCCCCGCCUUCAUCGGGCUCUACUCCAACGUCCCUGGCAUGCCCGCUUCGGAAAUCCGGAAACUACUAUCACCGCACACAGACGUGAAGCUGCCCAUGGUCCACGUGCACUGCUUCAGCACGAAGAGCAAGGACGACGUGGCAGAGACGAAGAGUAUCUGCGAGGAGAUUAGCCGGCAGUUGAACUUCGAAAUUACGCCCGAGACACCAGAGCUGGAGGUAUUCCACGUCAGGGACGUGGCGCCCAAAAAGACCAUGUUCUGCGCAAGCUUCCGGCUGCCAGAAGAGGUCGCGUUCCGGGAGGUCUGAGCAAGAAGGAGAGACACGGCUUACGACUGAGGGGUUUGGAUUCCUUCUUUACUCAAAGUUUCUACUUCUGAUACCCGUAGACUUGAAUAUAUCGCAUCG